AUGUCUUCAACAGAUUUGAUCAUAGCACAUUUCAAUGAAUUGAGAUUUUCUGAUGUUUUAUCAAUAGAGGACUUUAAAGAGAUCAUUAUCCAAAGUAAGACUGUAGAAGUGCAUGAUGAGGAUGUAAACAAAUGGUACCAAUCGUAUCUCCGAGCUGAGCAAAAGAAAUUGAAACUGUUUAGAGAGCGAUUAAGGAUAUUUUUAGCUUCCAUCCGUCAGCGUGAAUUACAGAAGCUUGAGAAAGAACAACUAUCUGAAUCCUAUAAUUUAGAAGAGAUAAUAUCAUCACUUUAUAAACUGAAUGAAGUAUUCGAAGGAAUAGUCAUGAACCAGAAUGAUGAACUACGACAGAAGCAGGCCGAGCUAGCUAACUUCAAAGAUCAUCUGGCAGCAUCUUUGGAUUCCUCUGACAGAUCGAUCCUUGACUCAAUUAAUUCGUCCAUCGAAGCAAUAGAGAAAUACAGAAAGGCCUUGGAUGAAGGCUCAUGA